UAAUGGCUUUCGAGUGCAAACAAGAACUCAGUGCGCAGCUGCCCGCCCAACAUGGUUUGAUGCCUGGAUAGUGUGGAUACACCAGCAUCCGGAAAAAAUAUAUAAAUAUAUACAUAAGAAAAAACUCAAGAAGAAAACCUGGAAUACUUUUCUUAGAGCCCUUAGAGCUCGCCCCGUGCUUUGUUUUCAUGCCGGCCGGCCGGGUGAGUGAGUGACUGAGUGUCGGUGUGAGUGUGCUGCUCGGCUGUGGAGGAAGAGGAAGCCGGAGAGAGAGCGCCGUGGUGGGGCCAGCUGUGGUGGUCGGCGGGGUUAGCUGGCUAGCAGCAGCAGCAGCAGCAGCGGCAGCGGGCUAGCGUCAGCUCGGCCAGCUCGGUGCCCGGCGGAGACACACCAGCGCGGCGUUGUUACGCUGCGAAAAGGAAGCCCAUGUUUUGGAGCCCCCGAGGCGGACGAGACGAGGGAAGCCCGUCCGUGAAUGCGAGGUGUUUCCAGCGUAUGGCUAGCAAGCCGAUAGGGCAGCCGGGUGAGAGCAUCUCAUUGCUGUCAGGAUCAAGGAUCCAUUGAGAGGGCUCAUUCCAAUUCUUUAAAUUUUCCCGUUUCUGUGAGGACUUUUAAGAGUCUGGACGCAUGAAUAGAUGUAGAGCACGCUCCAUUGUCAUCCUACAGAGGAGUGACAGUGUCCGUGCGAGGCCGACUGGGAAAGGACCAUGGCCCUGAGCGAUGCAAGCUGCGACCCUCUGGCCCUCAGCAACGGAGGCCACCAUCCUCUCGGCGCCAACGGAAAUGCUCCUUCAAGCACCUGUGCGCCCGUCAGCAAUGGGCAGGACCCUCUCACAGCUGCCUCUAGUGGUGACUCCCUCCCAGCAGAGGGAGAUGAAGACGCUACAGUUAAGAACGCGGCGUCCAAACCGCAGCAGAGGUCGCAUGUUAUCCAGAGAGCGAGCCGGCCGAGCCAGAACGGUGGCGUGGUCAAACUGAACGGCUCCCUGGGGAAUCUCCCCCCCUCGUCGGCUGCCUCUACCCCCCCUGCUGUCACAGACUCCCAAAGGCUGGCCAGACACCACCUCCCCUCCACCCUGUCCCCGUCCCCGUCCCCUCCCUCUCCUCCUCACCAGCAACCACCGCUCUGCUGCCAGCACUGUCACUUCCACUCCACACUGUGCUGCCCCUGUGGACAGCAGGAGUGUCCGCUCUUCCAGAAUCCAGGCAAAACGGGCCCGGGACCCGGCUCCGUUCCCCACACCGGGACCGCUUCAUCCUGCCCGUGCUGCCUCUCCGCCUGCACAUACUGUCACCCACAUCCCCAUCCUCCUCACCCAUCCUCACCCCUCUCUCUCCAUCACCACCAUCACCAACGCUGGCAAGAGCACCUCCAGAGUCAGACACAUGCACCUAGGAUCGGCCCUGCAAGGCCUUUUCGAUUCCCCAAAAGCUAUGCCGAGCUAAUAGCUGACUGGCCCGUGGUGGUGCUGGGGGUGUGCACAGUCCUCAUUGUGAUCUGUGCCCUUGUGGGGGUCCUGAUGCCUGACCUGCCGGACUUCUCUGACCCGCUGCUGGGUUUUGAGCCACGUGGAACUGCAAUUGGUCAGCGACUGGUCACAUGGAACAACAUGGUGAAGAACACGGGCUACAAAGCCACGCUGGCCAACUACCCCUUCAAAUAUGCUGAUGAGCAGGCUAAAAAUCACCAAGAACCCAGGUGGCCUGAAGACCACUUUGACAGAGACAAGCGGCAAGCUGAGUGGGAUUUCAGUAAGGAGUUCUUCUGUGAUGUGCCAGGUGAUAGUUACUCCAGACUAGUGUUUGCAUCUGCUGAAGGAAAGAAUCUGUGGAAUAUUCAAGCCAUCAAAUCCAUGUGCAGUCUGGACAACGCAAGAGUGCGUUCUCACCGUGACUAUUGGAGUCUUUGUCAGCGCACCAACGACGCCUCAUGUUGCCCCAGCUGGACGCUUGGGAACUACAUUGCUGUCCUCACCAACAGGUCGUCCUGCCAGGACAUCACAGAAAGUGAUGUAUCACAUACACUCAAGAUCCUGCGCUCAUGUGCCAAGUUCUACCAUAAUGGCACCCUGAGACCUGACUGCUGGGAUAUGGCCCUACGGCGGAAAGACCAGCUGAAGUGUGCCAGUGUAUCCAAGAGGUGCACCAAAUACAACGCUGUCUACCAGAUUCUCCACUUCCUGGUGGACAAAGACUUCCUCAGCCCCAAGAGCUUGGAGUUUCCUCCACCUGUGCUCAAGUACAGUAUGCUCUUCUCUCCUACAGAGAAAGGAGAGUCUAUGAUGAAUAUAUACCUGGACAAUUUUGAGAACUGGAACUCGUCUGAUGGGAUCACCACAGUCACAGGAAUCGAGUUUGGCAUCAAACACGACCUCUUUCAGGACUACCUCCUCACAGACACGGUGUACCCCGCCAUAGCCAUAGUGAUUGUCCUGCUGGUCAUGUGUGUGUAUACACGAUCGGUUUUCAUCACUCUAAUGACAAUAAUAGCCAUCAUCAGCUCACUGAUUGUGUCCUACUUUCUUUACCGAAUGGUCUUCAACUUUGAGUUCUUUCCUUUUAUGAACCUCACUGCCCUGAUUAUUCUGGUUGGCAUUGGUGCAGAUGAUGCCUUUGUGCUUUGUGAUGUAUGGAACUACACUAAGUUUGAUAAGCCACAUGCUGAGUUGUCCGAGACUGUCGGUGUGACCUUGCAACAUGCUGCCCUCUCUAUGUUUGUCACUAGCUUCACGACUGCUGCAGCUUUUUAUGCUAACUAUGUCAGCAACAUCACAGCCAUACGCUGCUUUGGAGUCUACGCUGGUACAGCCAUUUUGGUCAACUACAUCCUAAUGGUGACAUGGCUGCCUGCUGUGGUGGUGCUGCAUGAACGGUACCUGCCAAACAUGUUCCCAUGUUCCGAUUCUCCACACCAGCAAAGAGGUUACUGCACCCAGAUGUUCUGGGCUGGUCUUUGCCAGAAGGCCAAGAAAUGCUUGUUUACAGUCUCUGAGGGGUCUAGAAUCUUUUUCGAGAAGGUGCUACCCUGCAUUGUCAUCAAGCUGCGCUACCUCUGGCUCUUCUGGUUCCUUGCCAUCACAGUUGGCGGGGCCUACGUGGUUUGUGUAAACCCAAAGAUGAAGCUCCCUUCCUUGGAGCUGGCUGAGUUCCAGGUGUUUCGAUCCUCUCACCCUUUUGAGCGUUAUGACGCAGAAUACAAAAAACUUUUCAUGUUUGAGAGAGUUCAUCAUGGUGAAGACCUCCACAUGCCCAUCACUAUCAUUUGGGGGGUGACUCCUUUGGAUAAUGGAGACCCCCUCAAUCCCAAAAACAAGGGAAAGCUGAUGCUGGACAGCAGCUUUAAUAUUGCCAGUCCAGCAUCUCAGCUGUGGAUACUCAACUUCUGCCAGAAGCUGAGGAACCAGAGCUUUGUCUUUCAGUCUGAGGAGAAGGACUUUACCAGCUGCUUCAUCGAGACAUUCAAACAGUGGAUGGAGAACCAGGACUGUGAGGAGGCCUCUGUCUACCCCUGCUGCAGCCAGUCAACAUUCCCAUACAAGCAGGAUGUCUUUGAGUUGUGCAUCAAGAGAGCCAUCAUGGAGCUGGAUCGGAGUACUAAUUACCAUCUGGAUAGCAAGACACCUGGGCCUCGAUUUGACAUCAAUGACACCAUCAGAGCCAUAGUUUUAGAGUUUCAGAGUACCUAUCUGUUCACGCUCGCCUAUGAGAAGAUGUACCAGUUCUACCGUGAGGUGGAUGCCUGGAUCACAGAGGAGCUGCGUUACGCCCCAGCAGGCCUCAGUCAUGGCUGGUUUGUCAGCAACCUGGAGUUCUAUGACCUGCAGGACAGUCUGUCAAGCGGCACUCUGGUUGCCAUGGCCCUCUCAGUGGCUGUGGCUUUCAGCGUCAUGCUCCUGACCACCUGGAAUGUCAUCAUCAGCCUGUAUGCCAUAUUGUCGAUUGCUGGAACCAUAUUUGUCACGGUGGGCUCCCUGGUGCUCCUGGGCUGGGAGCUGAAUGUCUUGGAGUCUGUGACCAUUUCUGUUGCGGUUGGACUGUCAGUUGACUUUGCUGUCCACUACGGCGUGGCCUACAGACUUGCUCCAGAGCCUGACCGUGAGGGGAAGGUCAUUUUUUCCCUGAGUCGGAUGGGUUCUGCUAUUGCUAUGGCAGCACUUACCACCUUUGUUGCCGGGGCAAUGAUGAUGCCCUCGACUGUAUUGGCAUACACCCAGCUGGGGACCUUUAUGAUGCUGAUCAUGUGCAUCAGCUGGGCCUUUGCCACCUUCUUCUUCCAGUGCAUGUGCCGCUGUCUGGGGCCCCAGGGCACUUGUGGCCAAAUACCCCUCCCCAAAAAACUUCAGUGUCAGGCUUUCUCUGAGGGCACAUCCACCAACCCACCAGCCCAAGGGAAGAGCUCUGGCCUGGGCAAAUACCAGCUGGAUAGCAGGGGUGGGGAAGUUGAGCAUUAUGAGCUGGAGCCAUUGGCAUCUAGUCAGAAAGCUGAAGAUAAGCCACGAGACGAGCAGGAUUUGUGCACUCAGCUUUAUAAUGGAAUCCCUUCUCAUCAACACACUACUCCUUUUUCACACUUUAAUUAUAAGAGCGCUGACACUAGCAGGACUGGCCCAGAGAACGGGCUCCUGGUCACACUGAGCACGCCAUCCAGAUGCCAGUACUCUCAAAACACUAACUGCACAUGUGGUGACACUCCCCCUCACCUAUUUCAGCAGUGGACCCCACACCCCUCUGCUCCCCAGCCUCCCCAGGACUCUCUUUCCUGUCCUCCCACCCCUCAGCUACUCCCCCUCUCAGGAAACGCCGCGAGCAAACAAAACGCAGCCCUCUUACCUACAAACCUGGACCCGGCCUACACACACAUGGAGUGCCGGAUGCACUACGUCCACUGUCCACUGACACAUUUCCAUCACUGCUCCCAGGGUAGAGUGGUGACCCCCAGGCAAGGACCCGCCCACACCUGCCAUCUCAGGAAGUACUGUGUCCACACUGCGAACCUACAGGGUGGUUCAGUCAGAGAACAGAGAACCACAGCCCCAGCAUCAAACCAGGACACAGGACCAGUCUCUGGCUCAGAGUCUGUGGCGGAAGAAGACAUUCAUAGACAUGAAAUGAGUCCUUCAAGUCCUGACAGUAUCCAGAAUAUCAGUAGAAUAUCCCCAACGCAACCUCAUCCCCAGUGCCCCUCCCCCUCACUGGGCUCACCACACACAACCUGUCACGAAAAACACAAGGUGAGAGACGGUGAACAUUGUUGUGGUGAUGAUCACGUAUCCGCCCCAACCACAGAAACAACGACGCAUAUGGGUGCUUGUUGUAAAAUCCCUGGCAACCAGGAGAAGCUCGGAAGUAUUCCCGUCACACGGGAGGAACGCGUCAAAAAGUGCAAGCAGAACUCGAAAAGAGAGCGGGCGUCCUCCGCCUCUCCAAAGAAACUCUACUGUUUUAACAGGACGUUGAAAGUGAAGUGCAAUUCAGCUUCGGAGUUUAACUUGCCAAAAAGUGAAGCCAGCGUGCCUUCUAUUGCAAUAAACACUAACCCCUCUUCGGAAAGCUUAUGCUGACACUAAAACGAUACAUUCAUAAACAGCCAACCCAGAGCAAAUAGCAAAUGUCCAAAACAACAAAAGCAAAUGCAGCAUACAGUGUCUCUGUGCAAUCAUACAAUGGGUGGGAUGUGUUUGUUGACUAAGUGCCUCAGUGUGUUUCCUUUAAAAAAAAAAAAAAAAAAGAAGAAGCACGGACCCACUAAAUAUAUUCUGUGUACAGUUUUUGUUUUUGUACUCACCAGCUCUUCACAUGCCAGAUAACAUGUUGGGUUUUUACAGAUAAAUACAUGGGGAAAUAAACUGUGUUUUUACAAAGACGCCACCACGUCAUUUUGCUAACUCAAGUGUUAAAUAAGCAGCAGCCAUUUGCACCAACAUGAAAUCUUACAGUGUCUAUAUUGUGAUAUUGUGUGUAAUUAUAAAUAUGUUGUCAGCUAUGAUCACAUCAGCCGUAACGACAAUGUGCCACAUUUUACAAGCUCAUAAAAAGUUAUUGCCUGCCACUUUUUGUACCUAUGGGAGCUAGUGCUAAAUUCUCAGUGUGCUCUUGUGUUCAAGUCGCCACACGCCUCAGAUAAAAGAUGUACUGUAUGAUUAAAAUGUCUUCUUUUUUUU